CUACUGCCUACCCUAGAUAACGAAGCUCAAACAACUCUCUACCACAGCUCUACCAGAUAUCCAAUUGACUUCGCUCUGUAGCUUUAAGCUCACUCAUACCCUCUUUGACUUCAUCGCCCACCGAAAGACUUUAUCAUUACAGAGUAUCCCGCCACACCGCCACCAUGUCGGACGACGACGAUUUCAUGCAAGACUCCGACCAGGAGGACUAUGACUUCGAAUACGAAGACGAUGACGAGGAACAAGGUGGUGACGUCGACAUCGAAAAUAAAUACUACAACGCAAAGCAGCUCAAAGCGGAGGACCCAGAGUCAGCUAUAGAUGAAUUUCUGGGAGUCCCCUCACUGGAAGAGGAGAAGGGGGAUUGGGGAUUCAAGGGCCUCAAACAGGCCAUCAAGCUGGAGUUCAAGCUUGGACGCUACGAGCAGGCCGUAGAGCAUUUCAAGGAACUACUCACAUAUGUCAAAUCGGCCGUGACGCGAAAUUAUUCCGAGAAAUCGAUCAACAACAUGCUCGAUUUCAUCGAGAAGGCUGCGGAAGAUGCCGAGGCAUACAGUUGCAUGGAGAAGUUCUACGCCCUGACGCUCGAUACCUUCCAGAGUACGAACAAUGAGCGGCUCUGGCUCAAAACGAACAUCAAGCUUGCACGGCUGUGGUUGGACAGAAAGGACUACCGGCAGCUGACCGAAAAGGUUCGAGAGUUGCACAAGGCGUGCCAGAAAGAGGAUGGAACAGAUGAUCCGAGCAAAGGAACGUAUUCAUUGGAGGUUUAUUCUUUGGAAAUUCUCAUGUACGCUGAAACUAGGAACAACAAGCGCCUGAAGGCGCUAUACCAACGAGCACUGAAGGUGCGUUCGGCCGUUCCACAUCCCAAGAUCAUGGGCAUCAUCCGAGAAUGUGGUGGCAAGAUGCACAUGAGCGAAGAGAACUGGAAGGGGGCGCAGAGCGACUUCUUCGAGAGUUUCCGUAAUUACGACGAGGCGGGAUCACUGCAGAGGAUCCAGGUGCUGAAGUAUCUGGUUCUCGCGACCAUGCUGUCGGGUUCGGACAUCAACCCCUUCGACUCCCAGGAGACGAAACCGUACCAGAACGACCCUCGUAUCUCCACCAUGACCGACCUGGUCAAUGCUUACCAGAGGGAAGACAUCCACGAGUAUGAGAAGAUCCUGCAAAACAACCGAGACCUCCUCCAGGACCCAUUCAUAGCGGAGAACAUUGACGAGGUGACCCGGAAUGUGCGAACCAAGGCCAUCAUCAAGCUCGUAGCGCCCUACACACGGUUCACAUUAGCCUUCAUCUCGAAACAGCUCAAAAUCUCCCUAGCUGAGGUCCAGGAGAUUGUGGGUUUCUUGAUCGUGGACGAGCGCCUUCGCGGGAAGAUCAACCAGCAGACUGGUACGGUCGAGAUCGAGAGUAGUACCGACAAGGAUCGGGUGCAGGCAGUCAAGGAGUGGAGCAAGGCGAUUGGAUCUUUGUGGGCCACGGUCCUUAACGAGGGAGAUGGCUUCAAGUCCGACGAGAGUGGUACGGGAGGCUUCUCGUCCAAUGGACCUGGCGAAGGCGGGGGAAUGGGUGGAGCGCAGAGACCUUGGGGAAGCAACAUGGGCAGUCUUGCGGGAAAGAAUGGACGGCCGAAGGGUAAGGGUCUACCGGGACGAUUGCCGGGCGGUGGGAUUAAAGGAUGACUUGCAGAGGCCCGCUAGGUACGACGGAUGGCUGAACAGUGAAGAGUACGAGUAUGGAUAGGAGGGCCACGGGACGCUGCUGUUCCACGAUACCGUCACUCAGGACAGGCCUAAGCCAGAAGAAUUGAAACAUGCGGCGAGGUUGCUCAGAACGAGAGGGAGACUUGUGGACACUGUAUUGGUGCAACCGGUAGCA